GAACCCAGGGCUGAAAAUGGCGAGCUAUUGGGGCGUCCUGCUUCUGAUCAGCCUGGCCACGGCUCAACCCCAGGGGACUCCGGGGGGCUUCCAGGAGGCUCUUGCCCAGGCCGUCUACUUCUACAACCAAGGGCCCCAGGUCCAAAAUGCCUUCCGCCUCCUGGAUGCAGCACAGCUGCCAAGAUUGAAUUCAAGCUCUGGAAAUCUUCAGCGGCUGAACUUCACCAUUCAAGAGACGGUGUGCCCAACCUCAGGAGGAGCGGCCGCGGAGCAAUGUGACUUCAAACCUGACGGGCUGGUGAAAGAUUGCUCUGGGUACUUCUCUAACCAGCAGGCAAAUUCUGUUAUCGUCGUCACAUGCGAUGCUGCGGUUCGGAAGCCUACACCCGUCACCAGAUUCCGAUUUCUCGGCGGACUCUUGAGAGGACUCGGCAGAGGGUUUAAAUUCUGGGGCAAUAACAAUAAUUAAUGGGGAAAGACGUCGUCCAGGACGGAAGAAGAAGAGCAGAAACGCUGAAGAUUC